UAGUAGUUAUGUUACCACAGCAUCCGUUGACUUAACGGUUUACCAAACUGGCAUGUUAUUAACCAGUAAAGACCUAUGUUACCACAUCUGGUAUAACAUGGAUACGUAGUGUGAGACAGAUAUAUAUCUACUAUGACCUGGACGCAGUAUGACUUGUACUGUUAAGACAAGGAUACACUGAUGGCAUCGUAUCGACAGGAUGUAACAGCCAUGCCGCCACCCCCACCACUACCAAGACACACCCACCACGCUUAUUUUGCUCACCAUGAAGAUGAAGAAUCUUUCCUCAGGUGUGUCCUGUCCGUCCUCACAGCCCUGGGGUACAAGCACAUCCACACUGGUCAGUGUCGAGCAGGGGCCAACAGGUUUACCUUCUGCACGGACUCUGUCUUCAGUGCCAAACAUGCGGUGGUUUGUUUGAGUCCUCAGUACCUCAGGGACGGAUACUGUCGUUACCAGACAGACCAGGUCCUGUGUAUAAAGGGGGCCAACAGGGUGAUAUGUGUCCAGCUCAGGCCUUGCAGAAUACCAAGGGAGCUACGACACUGCUAUGUGCUUCCUGGGAGGGAUGUGACCAGUGCUGUGAAGGCUUUGAUAAGAUGUCUGGUUAACCCACGAUUUGAUGAUUAA